GAGCUGGUUUCCAAUACCUGGCUGUUUUGCAGGCAUAUAGAACCGAAAACAACGGAAGUGGUAGUGAAAAAAUGGAAAAUAGCAUAACCACAAUUUCUCGUGAAGAACUGGAAGAACUAAAAGAAGCGUUCAGUAAAAUAGAUAUAGACAACAGUGGAUAUGUCAGUGAUUAUGAACUUCAAGACCUUUUCAAAGAAGCAAGUGUUCCUCUGCCUGGGUACAAAGUACGAGAAAUUGUAGAAAAAAUUAUAGCCGUUGCGGAUAACAACAAGGAUGGCAAAAUCAACUUUGAAGAAUUUGUAUCAGUUAUCCAAGAAUUAAAAAGUAACGAUAUUAGCAAAACAUUCCGAAAAUCAAUAAACAAAAAAAAGGGAAUUACUGCAAUUGGAGGAACAUCCCCCAUCUCCAGUGAGGGGACCCAACAUUCUUACUCAGAGGAAGAAAAGGUUGCUUUUGUUAACUGGAUAAAUAAAGCUCUGCAAGAUGACCCUGACUGUAAACAUCUUCUCCCCAUGGAUCCAACAGAUGGCAGUCUUUUUAAGUCGCUUGCUGAUGGCAUCCUCCUUUGCAAAAUGAUAAACUUAUCCCAACCAGAUACAAUUGAUGAGAGAGUCAUUAAUAAGAAGAAGCUUACCCCAUUUACUAUCUCUGAAAAUCUAGAUCUUGCACUGAAUUCUGCAUCAGCUAUUGGUUGUACAGUAGUCAAUAUUGGAUCACAAGAUCUAAAAGAAGGGAAACCACAUUUGGUGUUAGGACUGUUGUGGCAAAUUAUUAAGGUUGGGCUGUUUGCAGAUAUAGAAAUCUCCAGAAAUGAAGCUCUUAUUGGUUUGCUAAGUGAUGGCGAAGAAUUAGAGCAAUUAAUUAAACUGUCUCCAGAAGACCUCCUGCUGCGUUGGGUUAACUACCAUUUGGACAAUGCUGAAUGGAAGAGAAUAAAUAAUUUUAGUCAAGAUAUAAAGGACUCAAAAGCGUACUAUCACCUGCUUAAGCAAAUUGCACCUAAAGGAGACAACAGUGGGGAGACUGCCAUUGAUAUCGAUCUUUCAGGUCUCAAUGAGAAAAGUGAUCUGAAGAGAGCUGAAUAUAUGCUUCAACAAGCAGAGAAAUUGGGCUGCAGACAGUUUGUGACUCCAGCAGAUGUAGUUUCAGGCAACCCCAAACUUAACAUGGCCUUUGUUGCAAAUCUCUUUAACACAUACCCUGCCCUGCACAAGCCUGAAAGCACUUCUUAUGAUGUUAAUUUGCUAGAAGGAGAAAGUAAAGAAGAAAGGACAUUCCGAAACUGGAUGAACUCUUUGGGUGUAAGCCCUUAUAUUAACCAUUUGUACAGUGACCUUGCUGAUGCGUUAGUAAUCUUCCAGCUCUAUGAAAUGAUACGUGUACCAGUUCAGUGGAAUCAUGUCAACAAACCACCAUAUCCUGCACUUGGAGGAAACAUGAAAAAGAUUGAAAACUGUAACUAUGCAGUGGAACUGGGAAAGACAAAAGCCAACUUUUCCUUAGUCGGCAUUGGUGGACAGGACCUCAAUGAAGGCAACCCAACAUUGACACUGGCAUUAGUGUGGCAGUUAAUGAGAAGGUACACUUUGAAUGUACUGUCAGACCUUGGAGAGGGAGAGAAAAUAAAUGAUGAAACUAUUAUUAAAUGGGUGAAUCAAACUCUUGCUAAUUCAAAUAAGAGUACUUCAAUAACUAGUUUCAAGGACAAAUCUAUUAGCACCAGUUUACCUGUGCUAGAUUUAAUAGAUGCCAUCGCGCCAAAAGCUAUCCAUUCAGAAAUGGUCAAGAGAGAAAAUCUUUCUGAAACAGACAAGUUCAAUAACGCUAAAUAUGCUAUUUCAGUUGCUCGAAAAAUUGGUGCUUGUAUAUAUGCCCUACCAGACGACUUGGUAGAAGUGAAGCCAAAAAUGGUUAUGACAGUAUUUGCAUGCUUGAUGGGAAGAGGACUGAACAGAAUAAAAUAAAGAUUUUUUUCACAUUUUCUGCCAUGAUCAACACAAUGAAUGCCUCACUGUUUACAGACUAAUGACAAUAUGUAGCUGUAAAACCAGAGAUAAUUUAUAUGCACAAAUGUGGAGAUGUAUAGAGAGAUUAUUUACCUAACUCAAUUGUUUAUACUUAAGGUUUCAUCUGAAAAUUUUUGUAUUAUAUUAGUAGUUUGUGAAAUAACAUUUUAAUGCAGUAAUCAUCAUGUUA